AUGGCGUCUUCUUCUUCUAGUAAUCAAGAAUUUGUUCUAUGUAGUCGAAGUUAUCUCAAAGUAUUUAAAACCACCGCCAACAGCAAUCCAGAGGUAUCUGCUGGAUUACAUUUUGAAGCAGAUGACCAGAAAUAUACAGUUGCUUCUAAAGUGGAAGAAGAAGAAGAACAACCUCCAUAUGUUAUUGUUGUCCAUGGACCUCGCAAGGUUUGGAAGUCCCCGUUGAUUAAGUCACUAAUUGAGCAUUAUACCAAAGAAAAUCAUGAUUCAUUGUACAUGCAAGGACUGGUUACAAUCAUAUCAGGUACCCAAAGACGAUUACAGUUUGUGGAGUUUCCGAAGAGUGUUAAUGGUAUGCGUGAUGCUGCAAAGUACGCUGAUGCGGUGAUAUUGCUCGUUGAUGCAUAUGUUGGGUUCCAAAUGGAAACAUUUGAGUUUGUUAAUGUCUUACGAGUUCAUGGCGUGCCGAAGGUUAUGGGGGUGCUGACAUCUCUUGGUAUGUUCGAAAAUGUAGAAAAACAAACAAAAACCAAAGAACGCCUCACGAAUCAUUUCCUUACUGAAAUUCGUGAAGGAGCCAGACUAUUCUGUUUAUCUGGACUUGAACAUGGGAUGUAUCCAAAGCAUGAAAUACGAGAUCUAGCAAGCUUCUUAUCAGAUAUGGAUUUCCAUCCUUUGACAUGGCGAGCUGCACAACCUUAUGUGUUGUAUUUUGUAUGGGUAUCUCUCCGAGGUUGUGAUAUCAAGAAAGGAGCUAAGGUGCACAUUGCUGGUGUUGGUGAUUUCCCUCUAUUUAGUGUAACAAGCUUAGUCGAUCCUUGCCCUUUACUGGCUGGUCCUGAAAGGAAUAGAUUUCCUAAAGGAAAAGAGCAUGAUGAGAGCAAGGGUUUCAGAUCAGGGACAUAUCUAAGGUUGGAGGUCCGAGACGUUCCUUUAGAGAUUGUUGAAAAUUAUGAUCCUUGUCAUCCUAUUCUCAUUGGAGGCAUCAGUCCCGGAGACGAGAAAGUUGAAUAUAUACAGAAAGAUACAGCUGCUAUUAAUCUUACUGUGGAAGAAGAACAACCUCCAUAUAUUAUUGUUGUCCAUGGAACUCGCAAGGUUGGAAAGUCCACAUUGAUUAAGUCACUAGUAGAGUGUUAUACCAAGGAAAAUCUUAAUGUAUUAUACAUGCAAGGCCCAGUUACGAUCAUAUCAGGCGAGCAAAGACGAAUACAGUUUGUGGAGUGUCCGAAUAAUGUUAAUGGUAUGCUUGAUGCUGCAAAGUAUGCUGAUGCUGUUAUAUUGCUUAUUGACACAUAUAUUGGUUUUGAAAUGGAAACAUUCGAGUUUGUAAACAUUUUACGAGUUCAUGGCAUGCCAAAGGUCAUGGGGGUGCUGACAUCUCUUGAUUUGUGCAAGAAUGUUGAAAAACUAUCAAGAACCAAAGAAUACCUCAUGAAUCAUUUCCGUACUGAAAUAUAUGAAGGAGCAAGAAUAUUCUGUUUAUCCGGGCUCGAAAAUGGGAUGUACCCGAAGCAUGAAAUUCUUGAUCUGGCGAGCUUCAUAUCGGUUAUGGAAUUUCAUCCUUUGUCAUGGCGAGCUGCACAACCUUAUGUUUUUGUAGACCCAGUUGAUAACGGAUGCAAUGGGGGCAUUGUAUUCAAGCUUAGCGACGCUAAGCUUACCUUAAUAAACGAACUAAGGUGCACAUUGCUGGUGUUGGUGAUUUCUCUCUUCUUGGUGUAACAAGCUUAGCCGAUCCUUGCCCUUUACUGGCUGCUCUCAGAAGGAAGAGAUCUUGUAAAGGAAAAGAGCAGAAUCAGUAUUCGGGUUUCAGACCAGAGACUUACCUAAGGUUGGAGAUCCAGGAAGUGCCUUUCGAGAUGUUUGGAAAUAUUGAUCCUUAUCAUCCGAUUCUUGUUGGAGGCAUCAG